UUUUAGGACAAGACUAUUGGUAUGUUAACCAAUGGGAUAUGCUGAUGACAACUUAUUUAAGUAGCUAUGGAGGUCCAUACUCAUCACGCUGAUUUCUUAGAAGAAAGUUGCACUUUUUUUACUGCUCUUUUGUGCUAAUUACCUUAUUUUUUCGCACAAAUACUCACGAUUAAGCAUUGAAAAAAAUCACUCUACUCUAUACAAAGUCAUGGCGACUUUUUCCCUUGGAAUAACCACUUAAUAUGUUAAAUAUAUACAAUAAAAAAUUUGUAAAUUGUUAAGGGUGUUUCAAAUUUUGGCGUUCAUUGACUGGAUAAUGUUCGUGUUUUUUUUAUGGAAUCUUCAAUGUGCAGUGAAUUAUACAUUCAAAUAUUCACGCCUUUUAUCCCCGGGCGACAGGUUAGUAAAGCAUACCUGUGUUAUAAGUGUAUGAUUCAGUGUCCUAGUGAGAGAUGCACACAGGUCAAAACUUUAUGAAAGGGGUUUUCCGGGAUCUGUACUGAUGACCAGACGACGUGUGUAUUAGGUUAGUUCCUCCAACCAACAACCAAAAAUGUCCAACAAAUUAGGAAACGAUGUAAUCGUUCAACCGGAAGUGGCUGUUCCUCGCCGACUGGGGCUGUCGAGCGGUAUUGCGUUCGUUGUUGGGACAAUCAUAGGGUCGGGGAUCUUCAUUUCCCCAAAAGGAGUGUUACUGGGUACCGGAUCUGUGGGUCUGUGUAUAGUGGCCUGGGGACUCUCGGCAGCCAUCUCAUUCUGUGGGGCGCUGGUGAUGGCGGAACUUGGACUUCUCCUGCCCCGGUCUGGUGGAUCCUAUGUCUACCUCCACAAAGCCUUCGGGAACUUUCCAGCGUUUCUGUUCGUCUGGGUCAGUGCUGUUGUUAUUGGACCUGCUGCUCAACUCGUUAAAAGUCUGACAGUGGCUGAGUAUAUUUCCCGCGCAGCUCUGGACGAGUGCCAGCGGACCAAGGGAUGGACGAAACUGACGGCGGCAGUUGUUAUUAUCAGCGUAGCCAUUGUCAACGUUCUGAGUGUCCGUCUGGCGGCGCGGACGCAGGUGUUGUUCUCCGUCAUCAAAGUGGGCGGAUUACUCGUCAUCAUCGGCGGAGGAAUAUACUCUCUUGUUAAAGGUAAUUAUGGAAUACUGGAAUCUGGCUUCGAAGCGUCUAACACAGAACUAUCGGGGAUCGCAUCGGCUCUGUACAGCGGACUCUGGGCUUUUGGUGGAUGGGGAAACCUAAAUUAUGCGAUGGAAGAGUUGAAAAAACCUCAAAGGAACCUGCCACUGUCCAUCGGUGUGUCCAUGUUGACCGUGUUCUUUAUUUACAUGCUGGUCAACGUGUCCUACUUCACUCUGCUCACCAAAGACGAGUUUCUGUCCUCAUGGGCAGUAGGUGUGACCUGGGCGGAGAAGCUGUUUGGAGGAGGAGCUAUCUUUGUUCCCAUCAUCGUGGCCUGUUCUGUGUUUGGGUCGGCCAAUGGCGGAGCGUUUGUAAAUUCCAGGAUGAUCUUUGCAGCAGCGAGGGACCGGAACUUUCCAUCCCUGCUGUGCUAUCUGAACGUUCAUUCCUUGAUCCCGACACCCUCCGUUAUCUUGAUGACCGUGCUUGCUCUUAUUUACCUGGUUCUGCCUGGUAACGUGGGCUCCAUCUUGAACCUGACCGGAUUUAUCGUGUGGGGGACUUACGGACUCAUCAUGGUGGCACACAUUGUGUUUAAAUUCCAGAAGGAUACCAAAGACACUCCAAGAGUAGUCAGGGUCCCAAUCUUUGUCUCCCUCGUCGUGCUGGUCACGUGUGUAUACCUCGUGGUCGCCCCUUUUCUGGACGGAGUAAAGAUGGAGUACGUUUUCGCCUUUUCCGUUCUUGUUGUAGGAGUCUUCAUUUACUUCCCUUUUAUUUACUUCCGCUUUUCUGUUCCAGGAAGUGGAUUUUUGUACAGUUUCCUUCAGCUGUUCCUAGAGAUAUCUCCUCCCUCCGAUAUACUCCAAUGACAAUACAUGCCCCCUCCAAAACAUAUAAAUAAACUUUCUGUGUGUUGGCUCAAAGGAGUAAAUUCAACAUUUAGGAAGAGCAAUCUAAAGAGACCUAGAUGGCUAAAGCUUGUCCUCGUCCGGCCUAGAACUAGAACACUGAUAAAGAGACGUAAAAGUUCUCUGAAAUUCAAAACAAUAUGGACCGCGUACAUAUCAGCUUGAGAGAUAAAACAUUUAGCGAAACCGAAAUAAGGGAGAACUUAUAUUUGCACCAACAUAGACAGGGAUACGUUGGCCGAACCAGGAAACAGGCCCCUGAACCAACCAAUGACAGGAAAAGAAUUGGGGACCGUGGGUGAAGACAGUCAAGCCAAUCAAAAUUUGCCAUGACUUUUUCCUUGUAAAUAGACGGGGGCUAUUGCCUAAUCUCCACCAAUCAUCGAUAACAACUUAUUAAGUGAAUUUAAACAGCUUAUUUAGUGAAUUUAACCAUCUAAUUUAGUGACAUUAACAACUUCCUUGAUUAGUCAUCAGUAAUCAUUGCAAAGAUGAUUAUUUUUCAUCACGAAAAUACUUCUUUGAAAAUGUUAGGAUAAUUUUCAAUUAUAUUUUCAACGAAUGAAGAUCCUAAUUCUCACCUUUAUCCUUCCUUUAUAUGUGGUUUUUUUUUAAAUUAACUCAUUUUGGGCACUAAAUGCUGUAAAACAGUAAAAGUGCAGAAUUAUCUUUAAAGAAAAAUGUUUUAGGCAUAAUAAAUGAACUAUGAAAACGCCAAACACCAUUAAAAUAUUAUCUGUGAUGUAUAUAAACUUUCGAAGGAAAG